UAUAAGUGCUUGGAUUCUGCGUUGGACCAAAAUGGGUUCUUUUCAACAUAGUAAGUGGUCAGACAGCAAGCGAUAUACUGCGGAAGUAAGGUGAGGUAUUUUUAUUGAGAAUUUGACCGUACUUUUUAUUCCUAACAGCGGUUGGAAAUAGUCCCAUACAAAAUCUUGUAAUUUGGCCAUGACUCUUAUUUUGCAAGUUGAUCAUCUCACAGCUGGAGCUUGGGCUGCUUGUGGUUAUACAUCACUUUGUGACACUAGAUUCAUCAAUGUUUUUAUUAACUUCAACUUUGUCAGAAAUAUCUUAUUUGUGCAGCGGUAUAUUUAUAUAGCCAAGGCCAUAACAAAUCAGGGCAAUAAGAGGGCCAGAAGGUUAUUCCAUGUUUGUGCAAUCCCAGACCAGACAGUGCCAUGCCUGUGAUGCAAGUGAAAUUUUACAUGAAACAGAUAUCUCUCUCAGUCAUUGAAAUUACUUGCACAAAUUAAAUAGAACUCCUUAAUUUUGCCAUUUUGCAGGAUUCACUCUUUACUUAGGGUUACGAUUACUCUGCGGCUGGCUUUAAUCACUGCAUGGCUUCUCCCAUAGAUCAGUUGUGGAAAUUUCAGUUGUUAAGUAAAAACCAUUUAUAAGAAAUGUGGUACAAAACCUGAUUUGCCUCACUGUCACCUCAAGCUUUGGAUCCUUUGGUUGAGGAUGUACAAAUCUUGUUAGUUCAGUGGGUAAAUAGCCAACUUUCUCAUAGUCUGAGGAAGACAUUAUGUAUACUGCAAUUGCAUUUUUGUUAUAGGGUUUGUCAGGUUCAGCCUUAACAUUAGCAAAGAUGUGUUUAUUAUGUUCAUAGUGAUACUCAUACGCUACCUGUAAUGCUUUCUGGUAUUUUUCAGAAUAGCAAGUUCCCAUAACUUUAAAAGGUAGACAAUGAGUGAUGUCCUCCAUUGAUUCAUACAGAUCUGAGUUGGAAACUUAAGUCAUCAUAAGUGCAUUAUAAUGAGCCAACUCAUCAAUUUGUUAUGUAUCCAAGAUUCACCUACACAGUGGGGUACUUCAAUAACAACAAAAUCAGUUAACCUAAAGUUUUAGCAAACUUGAGCUACACAUCUUGUGCAUAUAAAUUGUAUAAAUAACUGAAAGGCACAAGAAAGGGAAAUUUUUUAACUUGAAAUUGUCAAAAAUUGCAUAAACCUGAAAUAGGUCUUUUUAGACAGCCCACUUCUUUUGUGUUCUUUGUUUUCUAUGGAUAAGCUUCUGGCUCAUUCAGAGUCGAGGUAGAUAAUAGUUUCAGUGGAAACUCUGUAGGAGAAAAUGUCUCUUAAAUUGAGCAACAUAAAAUCGCCCGACUUUGUCUCAUUGUAGUUGGUCUCACUCCAAUUUUUUUUUUCUGGUGGUCACCCAACUUUUUGAAUGCUGUAUAUAUUUUUCGGUAACCAGCUGCCGCUGCUGAUCGUUACGCUGCUCGUUGUCAGAGACUUUGUGGUUCGUACAUGACACAUGUCAGAUGAUGAGUGUGAACAUUAUGUCAAGAGCUAGAAGCACCACCUUUCGUAAUUUUUUUACAUUGAUUGGUUUGCAUGAUUGACGCAACCUUGAAUAACCUUUUCAAUCAGUACUUAGCAACAACCAAUCACAAUGUAGAGAAUAUAGUAUAAGAGAGUGAUUUCUUACAAGUUAUGCAGAGUAGCUCUUUACACACCCAUUGUAAAUGGGUGAAUAUGAGAGUGGAACAAAACAGUUUGAUUGAGUCUAGUUCAUUGGAAUUGUAUCUCUAGUAAAUGGGGCAAAGUUUACAAAAUCGUUACGCUGUUGGGAAGAGAACUAAUCUGACCAAGAUUGUGAGCAAGGUUAUUCAUUGGUAGUUUUGAGAAACUGUAGUGCAUCAUCGGCGGGAAAGUUGGUCAAAGUGAAACACUUUGGUGGUUUUCUUAAACUGUGUACACUGCAGUGAAUAUUUGAAGGCCGAGUCACUUCAAACAGGAAACAGAUCAUUGUGAAGAGGCAUGGCAUCCUGAAAUCCAUUUGUAUAUUGUUUAUCUGUCACUCCACUUGGUGUGUGAAGCAUUAGAUCAUUACAGUAUGUCUUGAAGUCCAUGGGUCUUCCUGAAAUUUUCCACUGUUAACAUUGAAAGUACCUGAAAAUACCUAUGAAUGCUGUUACUUUUCCAGGUGUCUGAGGAGCACAUCAUUUCUUCAGCUGAAGAAUGUCAACCACCUUACUAUGAGCAUAUUGAGGAGAAUGAGUACUUAUUUAACAGGUGGGUUUUAUGUUUAAUUACUAUUAGCAGUGUUUAACUAUUUCAUAGAGCAAAAUAGUUGAGUUUUCUACCCUUCAAACAACUUGUUACUGUUACCAGGGCAACAUGUUUUUCAUUUCAUGUUUCAGAAAGAAGAAAGUCAACAAGGAAGUGCACAGAAUGCAGUGUGAUUGUACCUUAGAUCCUGGUCAGAUAAUGGCUGUGACACAGACUUCACUAUAUGCUGAAUAUGGUUAUGUACAUUUUACAGUACGUGAACUUAGCAACCCACUGUUGAGGUCUUCUUAAUCAUAUUUUUUGAGAUAAGCUGAGCAUGACCUGCCCUAUGCCUUUUUAUGGUAUAAAACAAAUAGAUUCUUCAAAUAAAUUCCACAUUUAUAUUGAGGUACAAACAUCAGUGACACACUCAGCUGUGCCUUGUGCACUAUUUUUUUUGUUCUUAUACCACAUUUCAACAUCGUCUGUGGUCUCCUGGAUCAAUGUCAGUAUCUGAACAACUGCACACCUACUCCUCCCCUAAUUCAACCACAGUCAUCUGAUAACAAGUUAGGAUUAAUGUUGGGUUAGGGGAAGGGUAGGUGCUCAGUUGAUCAGAUACUGACAUUGAUCCAAUUUUUUACUGAACAGAUGGAUGGAAACAUGAUUUUUUUCGUUGAACAUAUAGCAAUAUUUUUUAACAGAUGAUCCAUGUUCUAGUGGUUGUGGCAAGGACUGUCUGAGCAGAUUGUUGAUGAUAGAAUGGUUGGUAUCUUUUCCUCUCUUGUUGGUUAAUUUUGCCAAAAGUCUUCCUUCUCACAUCGUCAUCGCCGAUUACGUUGAUCUCCAAAUAGUAACAGCAGAAGUGCUUGCGGAGAGAUGUGAAACAGGUUAGUGAAACUAUCAUACAACAUUAAGAUUGAUGUUACUGAAAUGGUAAGGGUUAGCUGUUGAAGCAACUGCCUCUUUAACAAAGAUAAUGGGUAUUUUAACCCUUUAACUCCCAAGAUCUAAUUGUUCAUUCUCUCCUCUAGCUGCUACACAUUUCAUUUUAAAGUAGUGAUGAGAAUUUGGUGUUCGAUCAAUUUAACAAGUUCUACCUGAUAAGUUUGAGUUUUCUCCUUACCUGUUUCUGGAUGAUAUAUGGAUAUUACAGGGAGAAGUUUCAUCUUAAUCACUUCUGGGAGUUAAAUAUGCUUUCAUGAGAGAUGAUACUUAUAUGCUGAUAUCAGCCAUGAGAGGAUUUCAAAUUUAUGUACAUGUACAGCACUUUUUGCAGGGUUGUAAAGUGAAAGUUGAAGUGUUUAAAACAGAGAAGAAAGGCUGGGAAUCGAGAACUCUUGAAGAUCUGGAAUUGUAAGUUUAUAUUUUUACUUUUAUCUUCAGGAAAGAAAUGCCUUAUUGGUACUUAAUUUUGCAGGUCAGUAAUUUUGUGUUUUCACCUUCCUUUUUUUUUUUUUUGGACCAAUCACAGAGCAGAGUACAGCAAAAAACAAAAACAAUCCCCAAUGCUUUUGUCACUCAAUUAAAAAUUGUAACUGUUGUCCAGGGAUCAGUUCGGUAUGGAGUACUGUGGAGAAGUCAUGAGCUAUAAAGAUUUCCAGGAAAAAGCAGAGCAUUAUGAUAGAGAAAACAGAAGACACUACUUAUUCAUGACAUUGAGAGCUGAUGAGGUAAGGAAGGGAAAUCUUAACCUUUUCCUAAGAAGAGACAAUAACAGCACUGCUGUGAUGAGUGCUGAUAAAUUCUUUGGUCAUUUUAAGGCUUUUCAAACCCAGAAUUGAUCAGUAGAUCACUAUACCGAACAGUUAUGACAUCUUAGUAAAAGUGAGCAGGAUUUCAAGAGGGGCUGGUGGUCUGUUAACCUAGUAGGCCACUUCAUAUGAUUUUGCUCCUUUUGCUGAAUGAAAUGACAAUGAUUAGUUUCACUGAAAUAACCUGAUUAUAACUUCAAAGUGCACAAAUGCAUUCUCUGAGACCCAAGUUUUAGCAUUUUUAUGGAGGGAGGGGUGGGAGGAGGGUUGGUGUACCCCUAGAUCCCUUCAAGUGGUUGUGCACAUGUCAGGAGGUAUCCCUUCUCUCCUUAGUCCCUCCUCCUUGCUGCCUUCUGUGAUUCGUAUCUAAAAUCCUGCUUAACCCUUUAACUCUCAGAAGUGAUUGACAAGAAACUUUUCCCUAUUAUAUCCACACAUUAUUCAGCAAACAGGUAAUGAGAAUACUCAAACUUAUCAGGGAGAAGCAGCUAUCUUGAUCUAGCACCAAGUUCUCAUAACCAAUUUACAAGGAGAUGUGAAGCAGCUACAGGGGAGAAUUAACAAUCAGAUCUUGGGAGUUACAGGGUUAACUGUAAUUCAAUUGUCAACUGUGUGGACAAAGAACAUAUUUAAAUGGCAUGUACUCCAGUCAGUUCAAUGUUAUGAUCACCAGCCUGUUAUCAUUUUCAAAUUCUUUAUCAACUGAGUUACAGGGAACUCCAUAGCCAGCCCAGUUGUUUACAAGAUUUAUAUGUGACUUACACCUAGCAUUGAGCUUGAGUAAAUGAUGUUGAAAUCAUCCAUUGUGAGAAAUUAAAUUUUGAUAUAUGCUUAUUCCUUGAAUCAGAGCCUAAGCUCUGAUAAGCACCCUCUCCCAAAUAGAUGUCCAUCCCUCAGGCCUUAAGCACCCAUCUUAAAAGAAGCACCUCCCCCCUCCUUACUCUCUUUCCUAAAUAACAGGGACACGAGGAAAACCUGUUUCUAUUGCCUCAACCAUUGGGCAAUCAGUACAGGAGAGUAAUAUUAGCACCCCCCCUCAAUUCAGUGCCCAGUCCUUCCAAUAAGAACCCAUCUUUUUUUUAAAUAUAUUAUACGUAAUACAGUACAUGUAGGUGGAUUAAUCACUAUAGUUCAUGGUUUUGUUACUUAAUGAGUUAUAGCUUCUUUAAAAUUCCUUCUUUGUUCAGCUAAUUGAUGCCACCUACAAGGGGAACUUGUCUCAGUUUAUCAACCGCAGCUGUGACUCAAACCGUGAAACUCAAAAGUUAGUUUAAUAAAUUGUUCAGUCCAUUUUACCAGUUUAUAUUAUGAUCAAUAAUGCCAGCUUUUCACUUCUUUUUCCAGGGGUAAUCUAUAGUAGAUUGAUUGACAGGAAACUGAAAGAAAACACAUCUACAGCUGUACUUAAAUCCUUUAACCCUUAAGAGUGACUAGCAUCCAAUUUCUCCUCACAAUAUUACCCCUGAAUCAAACCUGUAGGUCAUGAGAAUAAAGGAAAUGAUCAGUAACUGAAGAAGUUCUUGAUUGCUUCACAAAUUCUCCUUGUCAGCCCCUUAGGAAUUGUUUAGAGAGCAGUAUGGAGAGUGUGCAUACUGAUGUUCGCGUGUAAAGGGUUAAGAUAAGAACUGAGUGGGUUUUGUUCUUUUGCUUCUCAUAGUGGACUGUCCAUGGCUUGUUGAGGAUUGGAUUUUUUUACUCAGAGACCUAUCCCAGCUGGUGCAGAGCUCACGUUUGAUUAUAAACUGCAGCAUUACGGGUAGGUGGGCAAUGUACAUGCUACUGUCAAAGCUUCAUGUCUGUAGGUGACACUAAACUGAGAGAUUUUAAAAUUUAAGGAACUUUACAGCAGUCACACAGAAAGAUGAUCCCUUCUGAACUUGGAAGGAGAGGCUUACAAAAAAUUCAUAGUAAGUUAUAAUUUUUGUCAUUAAUCAGGAAAGUUGCUCAGAUUUGCCAUAAUGUGAAGCACCAAAUUGUCAUGGAUUUAUUGGAGGAGACAAGCAAACACCUCUGA